AUGCCAUUCGCACAGGUAGUUAUUGGACCUCCAGGGUCAGGAAAGACGACAUACUGCAAUGGAAUGUAUCAGUUCCUCAACGGCAUGGAAAGGAAGACAACUAUCGUUAACCUGGACCCUGCCAAUGAGAUUGUUCCAUAUCCGACUGACAUUUCGAUUCUGGAGCUGAUUUCGUUGGAGGACACAAUGGAGAAUCUGCAACUGGGUCCCAACGGAGGCAUUAUCUAUUGCAUGGAGUAUCUGGCGGACAACAUGGAGUGGCUCGAGGAAAAGCUGAAAGCCUGCGGAGACGAUUACAUCGUCUUUGACUGCCCGGGACAGGUUGAGCUUUAUACACACAACGACGCCAUGAAGCGGAUCCUCAACAGAUUGGAGAAGUUGGGAUACAGGCUGUGCUGCGUACACCUGGUGGACUCCCAUUACUGCACGGACGCGGCCAAGUACAUCUCAGUGUUGCUUCUUUCACUGAAGACGAUGCUCCAGCUGGAACUCCCUCAUGUGAAUGUUCUCUCCAAGGUCGACCUGAUCGAGACGUAUGGACGGCUACCUAUGGCGCUGGAUUUCUACACCAAUGUGGCUGACCUCAGCUACUUGAAGUUCCACCUGAACCAGGAUCCCUUCAUGAAACGUUUUCAGCAGCUAAACGAGGCCAUGUGUGAAUUGAUCGAGGACUUUGCGUUGGUGGGCUUUGAGACGCUGUGCAUUCAGGACAAGGAGUCGGUGACGAAGGUGGUCCGUGCGAUCGACAAGGCAAGCGGAUAUGUGUUUGGAGGACUGGAGGAGGCAAACGAGAGUAUCUUUAUGACAGCGAUGCGCACAGGAUCCGAGUGGGACAACUCGGUGCACGAUGUACAGGAGCGAUAUCUUGAGAAUGAGGAUCCAAAUGAGGAUCUGUACCGGUUUGCACGAGAGUACAAGAUGCCCAAGGAGGACGAAGAAACUGAGGGUGGAGCUACAUCGACGACGGAGAGUAAGCCAUCGAAGCGCCAGUCUGGGGAGGGUGAACCUGGGGACGGCAAGAAGCGAGUAGGCUUUGCCGACGAGUAG